GCAGCUGCACCCUGCAACCUGCACCUGCAAUCUUAAACCCUAGUUCAUCGUCUUUCUUCUUCCAGCUUCCCUCGUUCUUCUGUCUCUAAUUCUUAACGACCUUUUGAAAAAGUUUUGGACUUUCAGAAAACCCACUUCACAGCUCCAAUACCUUUCAGCUAUGGCAUUUAUAUCGAUACCUAAGCCCUACCAAUUGCAACCAAGGGUUUAUCCCACCAUCCGCCGAAUCUCAAUCUCAUAUUCACUCAAUCCUCUGCAUUUCUUUACCACAACCCAAGAUUCAGUCCCUCCUAACCUAGUACCGGAAACCCCACCGGCUGAAGCUGAGAAUCUGAGUAAUGCGCUGGCUCAAGAAGACAAGGAGAAGCUUAACCAGAGAGUCCGGCCAGGUAAGCAUCGAAACCCAGAAAAAGUAGAGGAUAUUAUAUGUAGAAUGAUGGCAAGUCGGGCGUGGACAACACGGUUGCAGAACUCCAUCCGGGCUUUAGUGCCCGAAUUUGAUCACUCACUGGUCUACAAUGUGCUGCACGGUGCCAAGACCUCGGACCAUGCCCUCCAAUUCUUCCGGUGGGUGGAGCGAGCUGGGUUGAUCCACCAUGACCGGGAGGCACACAUGAAGAUUAUUGAGAUUCUGGGUCGAGCUUCGAAGCUCAAUCAUGCCAGGUGCAUACUUCUUGAUAUGCCCAAGAAGGGGGUUGAAUGGGAUGAGGAUAUGUUUGUUGUCUUGAUUGAUAGCUAUGGGCAAGCUGGUAUUGUUCAGGAGGCUGUGAAAAUUUUCCGAAAAAUGGAGGAGUUGGGUGUGGAGAGGACUGUCAAGUCUUAUGAUGCUUUUUUUAAGGUGAUUAUGAGGCGUGGUCGUUAUCUGAUGGCCAAAAGGUACUUCAAUAAGAUGUUGAGUGAAGGAAUAGAACCUACUCGUCAUACCUAUAAUCUUUUGCUUUGGGGUUUCUUUCUGUCAUUGAGGCUUGAGACUGCUAAUAGGUUUUAUGAGGAUAUGAAGAGUAGGGGGAUUUCACCUGAUGUGGUUACUUAUAAUACAUUGAUUAAUGGGUAUUAUAGGUUUAAGAAAAUGGAGGAGGCAGAAAAAUUGUUUGUGGAGAUGAAGGCAAAGAAUAUAGAGCCUACAGUGAUAAGUUAUACUACCAUGAUAAAGGGGUAUUUUGAUCAGGCAAUUAAGUUGUUGGAUAAGCUUCUUGAAAAGCAAAUCAUCUUGAGGCCAGAGAGUUCGAUCGAGAUGGAGGCUAGUGCUUAUAACCCCAUGAUCCAGUAUCUCUGUGACCAUGGUCAAACAGAGAAGGCAGAAAUCUUUUUACGACAGUUGAUGAAAAAGGGGAUCCCUGAUCAUGCUGCCUUUAAUAGUUUGAUCUGUGGGCAUGCAAAAGAAGGGAAUCCUGAUUCUGCCUUUGAAAUUAUAAAAAUCAUGGGUAGGAGAGAGUUGUCCAGAGAUGCAGACGUCUACAAAUUGCUCAUUGAGAGCUACCUAAGGAAGGGUGAGCCAGCUGAUGCUAAAACAGCAUUGGAUAGCAUGAUUGCAGAUGGGCAUCUUCCAGAUUCAUUGGUGUUCCGAUCAGUUAUGGAGAGUUUGUUUGAAGAUGGAAGGGUCCAAACUGCGAGCCGAGUUAUGAAGACCAUGAUAGAAAAGGGUGUGAAGGAGCACAUGGACUUGGUUGCCAAGAUCUUGGAAGCUCUCUUCUUGAGAGGACAUGUAGAGGAAGCCCUUGGACGAAUUGAACUACUGAUGCAGAGUGGUUGCACACCAAAUUUUGAUAGUCUUCUAUCUGUUCUUUGUGAGAAGGAGAAGACCAUAGCUGCUGUUAAGUUGUUAGGUUUUUGUUUGGAUAGAGACUGUAAUAUAGGCUUUUCAAGCUAUGAUAAGGUGCUGGAUGCUCUCUUGGCUGCUGGAAAGACCCUGAAUGCUUAUUCAGUAUUGUGUAAAAUAAUGGAGAAAGGUGGGAUCAGUAACUGGAGUAGUCUUGACGAUUUGAUUAAGAGUCUCAACCAGGAGGGAAACACAAAGCAAGCAGAUAUUCUCACUAGAAUGAUAUUAAAGGGAGGGGAGGCAGUAUCUGGAAGCAAGAAAGGGAAGAAACAAGCAACUAUUGCUAGCUAAGUUGCCCUGUUCACUUUAGGUUUGAAUAACUAAUUUAAGAUUUUACCAAUUUUCUGGUUUUUUUUUUUCCCAAGUUAUCAUUAAAGUUUAUGAUCCUUCUCUUUCUUUUCCUUUUGAUUUUAAAUGAAGAAUUUAUUAAUUC